CUUGUUAGCCGUUUGAGAGUGGUUCAGUCUCAAAAUGGCGGCUGUGUACAAGGUUGUGAGCAGCGCGAGACGCAGAGGAACGUGUUUAUUAAUAAAACCUGAAGUUUUUCUAGGCAGCAGAUUUUACAGCAGUGGUGAUGAAGGGAUUUCUGCAGGAGGAGAAGAAGAGAAACAGAAGAGUGGCUUUGCUGCUGCUUAUGAGCUUCACUCCGAGCUGAAACAGCAGCAGGACACCAAGAGCCACAAGAUGCACAAGGUUCGUAACGACACCCAGUCCUUUGCGUCACUGUUGCGUCACUCGCCGUUGAUCCAGAUGGGUCCGGCUAAGGACAAAAUCGUCAUCGGCAAAGUUUUCCACGUGGUUCAGGACGACUUGUACAUCGAUUUCGGUGGCAAGUUCCACUGCGUGUGCAAGCGGCCCAAGACGGACGGCGAUAAAUAUCGGCGGGGCAGCGUCGUUCGGCUCAGGCUGGAGGACCUCGAGCUGACCUCCCGCUUCCUGGGCGCAAACACCGACGCCACGCUGCUCGAGGCCGACGCCACCCUCCUCGGACUACUCGAGGGGAAAGAGGCCAAAGAGAAAGAGUAGCUAUGGACAGAGUAGCUACAACUCAUCGGGGACUGUUAAAUAUUUGUCGUUGUUCUGUGAACAGAGAUUAAUAAAUUGUGUUUGAAAUUCUGAACGUCUAAAGGAACGGCUUGGUAAAGUUUAUUUCUUAAGUUGAAUUAUUGUUCUAAUACGUUAUCGUUUCUAUAGCAACGACUUACACAGGGAUUUGUACAGCAGAUGCGCCACUUAAAAAAAGUGUAAUCAUUGAUAUGACGUUUUCUGUAAGAAGACAUUUACUGAGCUUUUUUGGAAGGAGUCUCCAGUGUCAACGCUUCGUAUCACGCAAGUGUAAAGCUAACUUUUUACGUUUUCCGACAUCUUAAGGACAGAGGAGUUUUAACACUUUGUGCUUUCUUGGCAUCACGACGUUCCGAAAUAUUCAGUGUAUUUAUAAAGGGAUAAAAAUGACCAUGUAUCAUUGUUUAUUUUAAAAAAAAUACAGAAUUCACUGAUAUAACUUGG